AUGGAUAGAGAGAAGUUUCAGCAGAAGGCUCUGAAGCAAACUAAGCAGAAGAAAUCCAAGUCGGCUGAAUUUCUGAUGGGUGAGCCUUAUAGAGGAACUACAGAAGGCAUUGGAAAUCCAGCUUUUAACACGAGCAGCCCAGAUCUCUCGGCACAUCAGACUUCAGAAGAGAACGUUAUUAGACAUGACAAGACCGAUCACACCCUUGCAGCUCACCAACAAAAAUGUGGGCUGCUAGCCUGUGCAGAACCAAAAGGAAAUGAAUACGGCAGAAAUUACUUUGACCCACUGAUGGAUGAGGAAAUAAACCCAAGGCAGUGUAGGAUGGAGGUCAGCAGAGAGGGUGAUUAUAGAAUUCUCUAUAAUCAAUUAAUGAAGCUGUUUGAUGAGAGUGGACGACGACAAUCCCAAGAUGAGAGCAUUGAGAAAGAGACUUUGGAUUCUGAGGCACCCAUGUGUUCCAGUAAGAGUCAUGAAAUCUGCAAAGAGGCCGAGGAAGCCACGCCUGCUUACGUUGAGGAGUUUGAAAGACAUGCUCAGAAGGACAUAGUUCUUCUUGGAGCUUCUCCAUUACAACAGAUAAGCAUUAAAACUAUAUCAAGAAACUCCCCGGCCAAACCUCACAGCUUGGUGCAGCGCUCACCCUCCAGCUUGGCCUCCACACACCGCUUGCCCCUUGGAAAGCUUGCAAGCCUCAAGCGGCAGAACAACCCUCUGCCCUUGUCCACUGGUUUCUCUGCUACUGGAGACUGCCCCGUGAAGACGCAUCAGGAGAGCUCCCGGGCCCUCUGGCUUCUGGAUGCUUUUUACCAAAGGGGAGAUUUGAAAUAUGAAGCAGAAGAAGUCAACCAAGACAUGCCCAUGUCACAUUUAAAGAUGGACAAAAUGUUUGAAAAAGCUCCAAGCCAUCCCUUCAUUGCAGACCUAAAUGUCUGUAAAAAGGACAACAGAGCUAAGCCUGGUAACCCCACAGAAGUAACUAAGGACUUAAAGGGAGCAGCUGGGUCUUGCUGCAAGGUUGAGCAGUCUUGGUCACUUCAGCCUCUUCAAAUACAGAUCAAAUGCAUAAGGGGCCUUGAGGAAGGCUCUUACCCCCUCAAAGUGUCCCUGCUUGGUCAACUGGGGGGCUGUGCCCUGCAGUGGUGGCAAACGGAGCAGUCGAAGACCAGAACACACCCUGUUAAGCCUGGUGGGAACUUUUAUGAUGUGGGCCUGUAUGUCCAUGAGAGCCCCUAGGUGGUACUCCCUCAAAAGAAAGAUGUGAAACCUGGCAUGGCUUUCUUGUUUGAACUUUUUCUCCUUUGUGGGACAUCAGCUUCCCUUGACCUGGUUGUGCGUUGGGCAGUCUUCCCUUUGUGUGAUAACAACUUUGAUGUAGUGGAGGGAAAAUUCAAGUGUCCCCUCCUCCAGGGACAUUAUGACCAGAACCUUGGCAACUUCAGGGAAAUUGAAGAUGUGAUUUGCCUGGACUUGGACCACUGGCUGUGCAAUCUCUAUUUUCAGGGAGAUAGCCUGACUGAUCAUUCUGUGAAGGAAAAAUCAACUGUUUGGAGAACUGGAGAAUUUGAAGAUUAUUCACAGGAUAUAUCUUACUUGGAGGAACUGGAGAAACACCGAUUUUCAAUCUGCUGUUCUUCAGUUGCUGAUGGUAGUGAAUCUGGAGAAUUCUUCAAGCACCUCUGUUUUGUGCUGGUGCCAGUAUUUUCAGAACUCCAGUUAGCUCAAUGGCAAAGCCAGGGCUUCUGGUACAAUGUCCUGCUGAUGGUUUUUCUCUGGUUCCUGAGACUCUACCUGCAUUAUCUUGCCCAGUGGCUUUUCCUCCAUGCCAUUUCAACUCCAGUUACCAAGUUCCAUUUUUUCCCUCACACUGUUGAGCUUUGCUACCCAACUUCUGCACUUUGCAUGGUAGAAGAGCUGCCUGUGGUCGUGGUGGGGGCUUUGAUGCUGAAUGCAGUCCUCCUUCUUUUGGUUCUGAUCCGAUGGGGCUGUCAGCUAGUGUUUGCCUCCUGCCCUGAUGUCUUGUCAAAGUUAAUCAUUGCCAUGAGACUAUGGACAGUUCUAGACCCAUUGGCAGUGUUUGUGGUGGAUACUUUCCUGGGGUGGCUUACACGUAACGCGGAGUCUCCUGUAGCUGAUGCGGCGAAGUUCUAGUGAAUGUUUGUAAGUACCACACAAUCAGGAAUUCUUGGUGCGGUGAUCAUGGUGCUGCUUUACAUCUUCCUGUUCAUCAUUUCUUCUUUGAUUUUAUAUGUGUACUGUCUCAGGUUGCACAGUGAUUCUUGGACACAAGAUGCAUUUCAGCAUAUCCGAAGUGAAGAAACCAAGUUUUUUAUACCAUAUGACUUGGAGAUUUCUAAUCAGGAGCUAAGUUAUAUAGUGAAAAGAUCUGCGCUAUGGAGAGGAGUCCAUGGUGAAAGAAGAAAGGUGGCAGUGUAUGAUUACAUCUGGAAAAGCCAUGACAUCAAGUCCGGUGUCUCCAGCUGUGACCUCCAACAUCAAAAUGAAAUUUCUGCAUCUGCACUUGGUCCAGAAGAUAUUACUUCUCAUGUAUCUGCAUACCCUGUUUAUCCCAGUGGGUUCCAAGAGCUGUACCGCCAUUUUCUCAGACUCCCCGGUGGUGCCAUUGUGGAGGUGUUUGGUGAUGUCAGUGGCUUAAAGUUUGUCCACAGUGAAGUGAUCACAGCUAUUCCGGAGCACACACGUGAGAUGGACACGAUAUUGGGAGAUUCCUUUGAUCAUUAA